GGGAAAGACUGAUGAAUAGUCAUCAUAGAGAUAAGAAAGAGGGAGAUUUGAGUGGGAAAGGUGAAAACAAGAUUUGAUAUAUAACGUUGCCACUGGUUUUUCCUGAGAAAGACUGAUUUGAUCUUCCGAAGCUUUGAAGGCCAAUGUCUUUGAGAUCAGAAUUAAGCAGGAAUACCUAUCGACCUAAGCUAAAUUUUAUAAACCUUACCUCUAACUCAAUUUACAAGGACUACAACAACGUUGUAGACGACUUACUUCAAGGGAUCAACAACGAGAAGCUAAUCCCUAAUCAUCAGUGGUAUUCUCUCUUUCAAAAAAAAUCAAUGAAUGUGAUCAAUAUAUCACCAGAAUCUAAUCAAAAUGGACGAUUAAUAUUCGAAACAUCUGGAACGUCUUAUGAGAGUAUCUCAAAAACUUGCUCUGAAGACACAAAUGACUCUGCGGCUCCUUCUGAGCAAUCUUGUUCUCGCAAGAUUGCAGAGGAUCUGCAGAUCCUUCAGGACUACAAAUACUCUUUGAGUUACACAAACUGAAAUAGCCCACUCAAAAGAAAAAGAGUCAUCGAGUGAAGAUAUAAAAACUGAAGAAGAACUUUCAACAAGACAUGGAACUUCAUUGAUCAUGCUAGGAUGCAUCUUGGAAUUAAGCCUUAUAAAUGAAAUCAAUGAGGUAGGAAAUUUACACAGAAAGGGAAUUUGCGCAGGCAUAUCUGGAGGCAUUCCUAGAUACAUUUCUU